GACCCACCCCCUGUUCCCGUCGUGAGCGGAGGCCGCGCGGGCUGUGGAGUAGCGGCCUGGUGCGCGCGCGCUAGGCUGGAGACCGGAGAACAGCGACGCGGGCUCCGACCGAGUCGAAGCCGGAGUGGGAGUCCUGGUUGCUGAGGGGCCGCCGCCGCCGCCGCCGCGAGCCCCGGGACUAACGUCAGGCCAAGGAGGGCGCCGCGCGGCGGACUUGGCAAGAUGACCCAGUUCCUGCCACCCAACCUCCUGGCCCUCUUUGCCCCCCGUGACCCCAUCCCAUAUCUGCCACCCUUGGAGAAGCUGCCACAUGAAAAACAUCACAACCAACCUUAUUGUGGCAUUGCGCCAUACAUCAGAGAGUUUGAGGACCCUCGAGAUGCCCCGCCUCCAACCCGUGCAGAAACCCGGGAGGAACGUAUGGAGAGGAAGAGACGAGAAAAGAUUGAGCGGAGGCAGCAGGAAGUGGAAACAGAGCUAAAAAUGUGGGACCCUCACAAUGAUCCCAAUGCUCAGGGUGAUGCCUUCAAGACUCUCUUCGUGGCUAGAGUGAACUAUGACACAACAGAGUCUAAACUUCGGAGAGAGUUUGAAGUGUAUGGACCCAUCAAAAGAAUACACAUGGUCUACAGUAAGCGGUCAGGAAAGCCCCGAGGCUAUGCCUUCAUUGAGUACGAACACGAGCGAGACAUGCACUCCGCUUACAAGCACGCAGAUGGCAAGAAGAUAGAUGGCAGGAGGGUCCUUGUGGACGUGGAGAGGGGCCGUACUGUGAAGGGCUGGAGGCCCCGGCGGCUAGGAGGCGGCCUGGGUGGAACCCGAAGAGGCGGGGCCGACGUGAACAUCCGGCAUUCUGGCCGGGACGACACGUCCCGCUACGACGAGAGGCCCGGGCCCUCCCCGCUUCCGCACAGGGACCGGGACCGGGACCGCGAGCGGGAGCGCAGGGAGCGGAGCCGCGAGCGGGACAAGGAGAGAGAGCGGCGGCGCUCCCGCUCCCGGGACCGGCGGCGGCGCUCGCGAAGUCGAGACAAGGACGAGCGGAGGCGCUCCAGGGAACGGAGCAAGGACAAGGACCGGGAACGCAAGCGGCGCAGCAGCCGGAGCCGGGAGCGGGCGCGUCGGGAGAGGGAGCGCAAGGAGGAGCUGCGGGGUGGAGGAGGCGGUGGCGGAGGCGGCGACAUGGCUGAGCCCUCCGAGGCCGGGGACGCCCCUCCUGAUGACGGGCCUCCGGGAGAGCUUGGUCCUGAUGGCCCUGAUGGCCCCGAGGAAAAGGGCCGGGAUCGAGACCGGGAGCGCCGGCGAAGCCACCGGAGCGAGCGGGAGCGGCGCCGGGACCGCGAGAGGGAUCGCGAGCGCGAGCACAAGCGGGGGGAGCGGGGCGGGGAGCGCGGCCGGGAUGAGGCCCGAGGUGGGGGCGGUGGCGGGGGUCAGGACAACGGGCUGGAGGGCCUGGGCGGCGAUGGCCGAGACCUGUACCUGGAGUCCGAGGGCGGCGACGGGUACCUCGCUCCAGAGAACGGGUAUUUGAUGGAGGCGGCGCCCGAGUGAAGAUGUGUUCCUCCCCAGCCAUCGCUGUCCUCCCCGCCCCGGGCCGCCUCAGUUUGCUCUCCAAGGCUAGAAGUUUCUUUGUUCUGGCCCCUUGGAUUUAAAAUAAAAUUAAUUUCCUGUUCAUA